AAGAAGAAGUGAAAAAGUGCACUUCGAUUAUUUGGGAACAAUAAACUUCGACACCCCUAACAUCUUUUUCGAGAAAUGUCGCAUUGCACGGUAAACUAAAAUUGGUCAAAAUACAAUUAUUGACUUUUUCUGACAACAGGUGGUGCUGUAAUCAUUCGCCAACGGUGUCUCCAUGUCGUUGUAUGUGAAAACGCGAAGUGACCUAUAUUGUUAAUAUAAUAUAUUUGGUUACGCCCAACAGAUGAAAAGUAUUCAUUGAAAAUAUUUGCUACUUCAGAAGGUUCUGUUAGUUCCGUUUGAUUCACUACUUGUGAUGGGGUUGUUAAAUCUGGCUUUUUUUCACUUAUUAGCUCAUUGAUAUUUCUCCAGAGAGCUCUAUGGUUAGUAGUACUGAACAUUCUCUGAUAGUAACUCCUCUUGGCAUUUCGUUUACUGAUUUUUAGCUUCCGGUUAACGUGCUGUAACAGUUCAAUCGUGUGUUGAUCUGUAGGGAACCUCUUUUUUCGUUUAAAAGUAAAUUAUCGCGCAUUUUGAUAGUUUCCAGAUAUCAAGUUUCAUCCAUGGACAAACGUCUUUUUUUAGCAUGACAUCUACAGAAUAUGUUGUAGAAUAUCUUUGCACUGUGUCCCUAUAUUUUCCUGUAAUGGAUGCGAGCCUCUCAGAUGGAGCUAAAAGCGAGAAAUCGAAGUUUUCGAGAAAGCUGCGGAAGUCUGCAUCGACUGCUUGGAAGUUAGUUCUAGUUUUCGUUAAUCUCCUUUUUGAUCGCCCAAUCCUAAUAUUCAAAUCUGUUAAUAUGAAGCUAUGAUCGCUGAAGGCACAAUCUAUCGUGAAAUUGGUGACUCUGUUCAUUAAUUCAGUGUUACAAACAACGUGAUCCAAGAUGUUGUUGCUGGAUGGUCUAGUUACGUUACUGUUGGUUACCAUCAUGUUGUACGAUGAUAGUAAAUCUGAGUACUUUUGAGUUUCGCGAUUCUGGCUAUUGAUAGCAAUGUUCAUGUCACCUACUAACAACAUGGUUGAAUCAGGCGUAUUUGUCGCCACAAUGUUUUCAAGAUAAUUCGCGAAAAAUUUGAAAUCAAAAUCCGGAGGUCGAUGCAUACUAUGAAGAGUUAUAGGAGUGUAACCAGUAUGAAGCUUGUAACCGAUGGUUCCAUAAAUUGCCUUGUGACUCCAUCACAAAUAAACAAGAAUCAUUAACUCCUGAAUACAACCCUGUGAUAUGCUCACCAUGCUCAGAGAGAGAAAUAAAAACUCUCACACUCACACAAUCCCAACCCUUUCCAACGAUACCACUCACCAACCAGCAUUCUAUGAACAGCGGUUUGAGCGUCGGCAAAAGAUCCCAGCCGAAGCAGCAAUCCAGAGGCAUGGCCAGGGGGCGGUGGUACUCAAGAGAGUAAUCAAUAUUUAAAUACGGCAAAUUCGGGUUUGCUCGUAGGAUUAAGGGAAUUUUGAGUCCGAUCUCGGCUUGCUAGCUUUAGCCAGUUCAAUUUCGCUCUGAACAUACAGCGAGUAGUAAGUGCGCGUCGGAUGUACAGUUUCUAAUAUCUAGUACCGCUAAAAGCCUUAAAGCUAAAAUUAGUAGUGUUAGUUAGUUAAAAAUAAUAAAUAAAAGUGGGUAGUUGCACCAAAUAUAAAGCAAGCACCACAACCUACACCGAAACAAACUAUAAAACACAUAAGAAAAAGGUCCACAAAGGGCCUUUUUCUUUUAUAUUGUUCGGCAGCUUUGUUCGGGGAGAAGAACGCCAUCUUCGUUCUCCAAGAAGCCCACAAAGGAUCAAAAGGUUCUUUUAUUCACGACGGAGGAAGCCAUUUUGCCUCGGACAGGCAUUAGAAGGAUUCGCUGGCAUUGGGCCUAGGACAUCCGGUGAGCGUUGGGCUUAUUCCUGCAAGCCCCAAGUGAGGAUAGCGACCCGAAACUACACCAUUGAUCGCGAGAGUGAAGUUUCUUCAGGCGAGUGACUGGAAUCUGCCUUCUUCAUCUGUAGCCCAGGUCACCUACCGGCCUGAGAAUCCUCUACGACCACUGCAUCAGGCCACCAGCCAUCCAGGAUUCCUCUCGAUCGCCGCCACCGUCACGACCGUCCGCCGUUCUACACCACGAUCGGCAGUGUCGUAGCGAUACCCAGCCGUAUCCCGCAGUAUCACCGCGUAUUAAUCAAAACCGCAAGUAAAAUUAUGUAUGUGACGUCACAAUAUAGUAUUUUGUAGCCAUGGCCAUUUAGACAACCAAAUAUUUGUAAAACUAGGUAAUAUACAAUGUUUGUGCACGUAAUCAGGUUGUUUUAAAGGACUUUCGGAGAGUUGAAUCACUUACUACUAGUUUUGUGUUGUUUCGUUGAUUUCGGACUCGAAUGGAGUCUCCAUGCCUUCCUCGCUUUACGAUUAGCCCAAAAUUGAAUUGGCAGUGUGGCCUUUGAGUAUUUUUCCCUUAAGCGAUUACCAUUGAUUGCCACCAAACUAAAGCAUAUCUAUGGAUAUGCUCUAAUGCGAGUUCCCGCUGGAAGUGGAAGGUUGAGUUUUGAUGAGUGUUGUAUACCGGUUCCCCCUCAUUCCGACCCUGGAGUUCCCCCAUUUCCACUGAGCAUAGUCAGGGGGGCUACAAAUUGGCGCCCAACAUAAAAUCUAGAAUAACAAAUUUGGUGAAUCGGUUACAUAUAUCUCUUCGUUCCCGUGAGAGGAAGGAAGAAAACAGUUUAGACUGUUUUCAGAGCGUUGCGUUCUCUGAACGGCAAAUAAUUAGGUUCAUUUUUAUAAUUUGCAUGUUUAUUUUUUGAUAAGAUUCCAUCGGGACACCCCCGGUGUGAUCAUUGUUCAUUUAGUUUGUUUUGGUGCAUGUUUACAUUUGUUGUUGGGAUAGUUUUAUAACUUUUUUAUGUUUUUAGGUGCUUUGUUGGAAUUUUCGUGGAAGCAGAAGCUGUUCAGGAGGUAAAGAGUGAGCCCUAGAACCACAGUGGCUAAUUUUAAACCGUCCUGGAGUCCGAUUAGUCACAAUCGCGACUGAGAAGGGUGAGUACAGGUGGAGAUAAGAGUGAGUCUGGAGAGGGCACAGACGUUGAUCUGGCCGUGAUUCGAGCACCCUUUACUACCUGAACACUGCUGCAACACGAAAAAUCCCAAGCCAUGGAUUCUGAAAUCCAAAUGAAAUAUAAGACGCUACUGGUUCAUCAUUUAGAGAAGGAGGAAGUUGAGUUUGAGCUAGAUGUACGAGCCGUUGCAUUUGAGAAGACUGAAUCUGUAGGAGUUUUAAGGAGGCGUUUGAGGGAAGCAUUGAAGGACAAAGGUGAACAGGUAAAAGUUGAUUUUUCGAAGUGCCAAAAUCGCACGGUCGAUGACGAGAUUAAAGUGAUCGACCACAACGUAGAAGAAAUAAGGGAUUUUCUAGAGAAGAAGAAGAGUUUCGAGGGGGUUAAGGACUCCUUGAGAACUCGCCUAGUGCAUUACUCCGUACGAUGCUCUGCCAUUCAGGAGACGGCGGAGGAGGAUGCGGAUUUAGAGGAUUUAGACAAGCUUUCGAGUACGAUUCGUCAACUGUACAAUACGUACUUCACGCUAUUCACACCUGUUGAAUCCAUUCGUAAAGAAAUUAUGCUUCAGAUUUCGAAUUCAUUAACACAGCUGCAGCUGGCCCAGCCAAGCACAUCUGGUAUGGUGAGGCAGGUUCAAAGUAGGUCUCAAGAAACUCAGACGGAAGACGAUUUAGGUUCACAGGAAGAUGUUAGGUCAAAGCAGUCCAACCUCAGAGGUGCAUUGGGUAGACGACAACUGAAGUCAAAUUUGGAGCCAACUAAGGAACUCUCUCCACCCUCUAGCUUCCCAGCAAUGCUUCAACAGCCUUCGGGGUCAGGAAUGAAUUUCCGUAGAUCGCUAGAAGAAACAGUUUUGAAUCGGAUCGAUUUGUCAGGGAAGAGUCGAAAUCCCACAGGCUUACGAAACUCUUCGGAGAUAGACACGGAUUCUUCCUCGUCGCCAUCUCCUCCAAGCAGACGGAAGUCCAGGCAGCGAAGGUCCUACACAAAGCGUAGUAGACCGGUAUCGGACUGGAAUUUACGUUACGAUGGAAGAGAUGGGGGACAGGGUCUGAUGCGUUUUAUCAAAGAAGUGGAGUUCUAUGCCAAAUCGGAGGACGUUUCCGAAAAGGAGCUUUUCCGUUCCGCAAUCCACUUGUUUGCGGGCGCAGCCAAAAUUUGGUUUAUGGCAGGAGUUGAAAAUGGGGAAUUCUCUACAUGGAAGGACUUAGUCACGGAAAUGAAGAGGGAGUUCCUGAGCCCCGAUCACGACCAUGUCAGCGAGUUCAGGGCUAUUGAGAGGAAACAGAGACCAAAAGAGAAAUUCCAGGAUUUCUUCUUUGAUAUGCAGAAGCUUUUUAACUCACUUACCAAGCCGAUUUCCGAGCGGAAGAAGUUCGAGAUAGUCUUCCGAAAUCUUAGAGCGGACUACAAAGGCUAUGUAGUUGCGGCUAAUAUAGAUAACCUGGCAGAUUUGAAACCUUUUGGUCGAAAACUUGAUGCCACGUUCUGGUACAAGUACGAAAACCGUAAUCAGGAAGAGAACUCUUCGAAAAGCAGGAAUCAGGUUAGUGAGCUGAGGUCGACCUCCAAACCGAAGCCGACUGGAUCGGUGAAUCGACCCGACAAAACUCGUUCGGAACAGAAAUCGAAUAAAACAGAGGAUGAGAAAAUUACGCAAAAGCCAAUACGUGAGGAUCAACCGGGUGAACAAAGUCAAGCGCAGAACAGUAACGUGGUAGACAAAGGGUUGCAGGCGAUUCUGGAGAAAUACACUCCUCCAAAGCCUGGUGUUUGUUAUAACUGCCGGCUUUCUGGUCACCACCAAGCGGAUUGUGACCGCCCUAAACAUAAAUUUUGUUACAGGUGUGGUUUCUUCAAUUUCGACACGAAGGACUGCCCGUUCUGUGCAAAAAACGCUUAAAUUCCCGCCUGAAGGGGCAGGCGGAGGUAGAAAGCACUCCUAAGUCCCCUGUUUCUCCAGAUUGUAACAUUUGCUCACUCGGUGAAAGACAAGUAGAAGAGGAUGAAUAUAGACACUGCUCCAGUGUAGAGAUCAGUGAGCACUUUCUCAAAGUUGCAAAUGACGAUAGACCAGAGGUUCCCAAACUUUUUGCUAUCGCGGCGCCCUUUGGCAUUUCCAAAAAUGUCGCGGCGCACCAAAGUUUUUAACAAAGUUUUUUUUUAAUUUUUGACAACUUUCACUUUACAGUGUGCAAGACAAAAUCGUGAAACACUUCUCUAAUAUCAUGUUUUCAGAAUUCAAUAUUUGGAAAACAAACUAUUUUUUAAAUUAAUUUCUUAAAGAUAGUUUAAAUAUUUGUAAGGUUUCAAAAAUCAUAUU